GCAUCCGCAUAAAUAUCCUUUUUACUAACUUUACUCGUGUACCGAGAUUGUGAUGUGUGGCACAUAUUAUACACACUACGAAACUCCCAGACUUAACCGCUAAGCUUCCAUUUCCAUUUCCUAUAAAAAAAACAACUUCAUAACCAUUUUUGAACACACUCAUUUUUUCUAUCAUCAUGGUGGUUAUUAUGCAAGAACAACAAGAAGCUGUUGAAUUUCACGAUCUACCUGAAGGUUGUAUUGAAAACGUUCUCUCAUUCACAACACCUCGUGAUGUUGCUAGACUCUCUUUGGUUUCAUCAACUUUCAGAUCCGCCGCUCAAUCUGAUUCCGUUUGGGAUAAAUUCUUACCGUCUGAUUAUCGUUCCAUAAUUUCUCAAUGUGAUGAAGAAAUUGAUAAUUCCUUAUAUGUUUUAUCGAAGAAGGAUCUUUAUGUUAAUCUUACUCAGAAACCGAUUCUUAUUGAUGAUGGUAAAAAGAGUUUUCAAUUGGAUAAAGUUGAUGGGAAGAAAUGCUAUAUGUUAUCGGCGAGGAGUUUGUUUAUUGUUUGGGGAGAUACUCCUAGGUAUUGGAAGUGGAUUUCUGUUCCAGAUUCAAGGUUUUCUCAGGUGGCUGAACUGGUGAGUGUGUGUUGGUUUGAAAUCCGGGGCUGGAUCAACACUAGCAUGCUAUCUCCAAACACUUUGUAUGGAGUAUACCUUGUAUUUAAGGCAAGUACUUCUCGUACCUAUGGGUUUGAAUAUCAGCCAUGUGAAGCCUCCAUCCUCAUUGCUGGAGGUGGAGGUGAUCCUGUUGUUGAGAGAAAUGUAUUCUUGGAUGCUGAAAGAGGAAGAAGGUUAAGAUAUCAGAUUGUUCCUCGCCGCCGAACUGGGAUAUUCAGUCGUUAUUUGGAACCGCCCCCGCCACCGCAGGUAGAACAAACUGAAAGUGUGGAUGAUCUCCAGAAGUAUCCAAAGGAGAGAACAGAUGGGUGGUUGGAGAUGGAAUUGGGAGAGUAUUUCAACGAAGGAGGAGAUGAUAAAGAGGUGGAAAUAAGUGUUUGUGAGGUUAAGGGUGGUGGUUGGAAGGGUGGCCUUGUUCUUCAAGGAAUUGAAAUAAAGCCUAAGCCUAAAUCAUGCUGAAUUAACCACUAAACUAAUUGUUGUCAUCUCAAUGAAAAUAUUUCUUUUGGGUUAUGAUCUGUUCCUUUGAAAUGUCAUCCUCAUCUUCAUGUGAGUAUUAGACAGAUUCAUACUUCAUCUUGUAGACAUUACUAUUUAGAGUAUGUAUGUAUCUUCCAUUAUGCAGUCAAAGCGGGACAUUAGCAUCUCUGUUAAGAGGAAUGUCACCCCAAUGAAAGAGAAUUGGGAGUGAUGGUGUUGUUUGUGUCUUUGUUACCUAGUCAUAUUUAAAUUAAUUAUAAAUAAAUUAUAUUGGUAAUAUGAUUUGAUGUUUUAA